GGCAAGGAGGCCAGUCGCUCUCUGCUCCCCUUGCCGGGGCGGAGCCCUGCAGAGCCCUCAGGAGCCCGGGGCUGCCCUGGCCCAGGCCCGCCGUGCAGCCUUCCCCCUGCGCUGAAGCCCCUCCCCACCCCCUGUGCCCUGGGAGGGACAGGCAGAGCCUUCCAGGACCAUGGUGGCAGUGACUCCCUCAGAGGUGCCGCCCACCACGGCGGUGAAGUUCCUGGGAGCGGGCACUGCCGCCUGCUUUGCUGACCUCCUCACCUUUCCGCUGGACACAGCCAAGGUCCGCCUGCAGAUCCAGGGGGAGAACCCGGCGGCGCGGAGCGCGCAGUACCGUGGCGUGCUGGGCACGAUCGUGACCAUGGUGCGCACCGAGGGCCCCCGCAGCCCCUACAACGGGCUGGUGGCGGGCCUGCAGCGCCAGAUGAGCUUCGCCUCCAUCCGCAUCGGCCUCUACGACUCGGUCAAGCAGCUCUACACCCCCAAAGGAUCGGACCACUGCGGCAUCACCACCCGCAUCCUGGCCGGCUGCACCACGGGCGCCCUGGCCGUCACCUGCGCGCAGCCCACCGACGUGGUGAAGGUGAGGUUCCAGGCCAGCGUGCAGCAGGGACCCGGAAGCCCUCGGAAGUACAAUGGGACGAUGGACGCCUACAGGACCAUCGCGCGGGAGGAGGGGCUCCGGGGCCUGUGGAAAGGAACUAUGCCCAACAUCACGAGGAAUGCCAUUGUCAACUGUGCUGAGAUGGUGACCUACGACAUCAUCAAGGAGAAGCUGUUAGAGUACGGACUGCUCACGGACAACUUCCCCUGCCACUUCGUCUCCGCCUUUGGAGCCGGCUUCUGUGCCACGGUGGUGGCCUCCCCGGUGGAUGUGGUGAAGACCCGGUAUAUGAACUCACCCCCAGGCCAGUACCGCAGCCCCCUGGACUGUAUGAUGAAGAUGGUAGCCCAGGAGGGCCCCACAGCCUUCUAUAAGGGGUUCACACCCUCCUUUUUGCGUUUGGGGGCCUGGAACGUGGUGAUGUUCGUCACCUUCGAGCAGCUGAAACGGGCCCUGAUGAAAGUCCAGAUGUUACGGGAAUCUCCGUUUUGAAGAAGGCUAGCGAGGUCAGCGGAGAACAGACUGAGGCAGCAGGGGGCCACUCUGAGAGGACAGACCAGCGCACUGUGGGGAGCUGAGUCCUGCUGCUGGGUCAGGAAACUCGAAACUCAAAAGGAUCCUGUCUUCAGUGCUGUCUUAAGAACAGCUCUGUGUUUUGCACUGACAAGAAGGAAAAUAAAUUAUGUUAAUUUUUGUAACCCACUGGGUUGGAUGCCUAACAUUUAGGCACAAGGAAAUAAGCCAAG